AUGAAGAAAUGGGAGGACAAGAAGAGAAGACACUUAGAGUUCAGAGGAAACCGAGUGGUAGUAAAACUUCUCCUCCAUCAAGAGAGACGAUUUUCUAAAGUUCAUAAGGGGUCUUUGAGGCGAUACGAAGGCCCUUUCUUAGAGAAGAAACGGGUUGGAAAGCUUGCAUAUCACUCAAAACUUCCGUCGCAUUUGGAAACAUCAUUCAGAUCUACAAAGAGGAUGCGACGAGGACGUCGCCGGAAUGAAAGCAAAUCUUCGCCAAAACUUAUUUACAGUUACAAGAAUAAUUUAUAUGCAUUUGUCGCUCUAUUAACAAAUGACGAAGUUCAAAAGAUAUUAUUAAUGAAAGGAGUAAUAUCUGUCUUUCCUAAUAAAAUCAACCAUAUACUUACAACAAGAUCUUGGGAUUUUAUUGGAUUUCCUCAAACGGUUAAAAGACAAAACAUGGUUGAAAGCGAUAUUAUUAUUGGAGUACUGGAUACUGGAAUAUGGCCAGAAUCGAAUAGCUUUAUAGAUGAAGGGUUUGGACCACCCCCAAGUAAAUGGAAGGGUUCUUGUGAAGGGCUAACUAAUUUCACUUGCAAUAACAAAAUAAUCGGAGCAAGGUACUACAAUAAAGAUAAAGACUUCAAAAAAGAUGAUAUUGAGUCUCCUAGAGACACAGAUGGUCAUGGAACUCAUGUAGCAUCAAUUAUAGCUGGUGGCCUUGUUAGUACAAGCUUCUAUGGUCUUUCUAACGGUACAGCUCAUGGAGGAGUCCCUUCUUGUCGAAUCGCGGUAUAUAAAGUAUGUUGGUCAUCCGGUUGCUUAUCGAGCGACAUCAUGACAGCAUUUGAUGAUGCCAUCAACGACGGGGUUGACAUAAUAUCAUAUUCUCUCGGACAAGACAUUGUUAGCAACUAUUUUAAUAAUGUAUUAUAUAUUGGAUCUUUUCACGCAAUGACUAAAGGAAUUUUAACUACAAUGGCUGGCGGAAACGAUGGUCCGGGAAUGGGAACUAUAGGUAAUAUUUCUCCAUGGGCACUUACAGUUGCAUCAAGCAGGACUAAUCGUAAAUUUAUUACCAAUCUGAAGUUGGGUGAUGGUACAACAUUAGAGGGAAUUUCAGUGAACACUUUUGAUCCUAAAGGUUUCCCUCCUAUCGUGCAUGCUGCUAAUGUGAAAAGGAGAGGCUUCUGGGUUUCUAGUUUUAGAUAA